AUGCAGAGUGGUUCAUCUCUGGUGAAGGAGCCAGCUGACCUAAUCUGUGAGUUUACGCCAGACACAGAAACUGACAAAGAAUGUGUGGUCACCGAGAACCUCCAGCCAUACAUGUGUGAAGAAGCUGACACUGAGGAAGGAGAUGGUGAUGAGGACAAUGAUGAGGAUGAGGAAGAGGAAGACUGGGACUGACCCAAUGAGGUGGGAAGACUCAUGAAGCGCCACAAUGCUGCUGGUGGAUGCAAUCCACAGGCAAAUAGGCAGACCCCUAGUUGCUGUUCAGCAAAAAUGUCUACCCCUACAGACAAGGCUUUAAGGAAGUUUGAAAACAAAAUCAAUUUAGAUAAGCUGAAUUUUGAUGACUCUGUUAUAAACCGAGUCACAGAGAAGUCUAGACAGAAGGAAGCAGACAUGUACCGAGUCAAAGACAAGUCAGACAGAGCAACAGUAGAACAGGUGCUGGAUCCAAGGACCCGGAUGAUUCUGUUCAAGAUGUUAACUAGAGGCAUCAUAUCAGAAAUCAAUGGCUGCAUCAGCACAGGGAAGGAAGCUAAUGUAUAUCAUGCCAGUACUGAGAAUGGAGAGAACAGAGCAAUAAAGAUUUACAAAACCUCUAUUCUGAUGUUUAAAGAUCGGGAUAAGUAUGUGAGUGGUGAAUUCAGAUUUCGUCAUGGAUAUUGCAAAGGCAACCCAAGAAAAAUGGUGAAGACAUGGGCUGAAAAAGAAAUGAGGAAUUUAAUAAGGUUGAAUACAGCCCAGAUACCCUGCCCAGAGCCAAUUAUGCUGAGAAGUCAUGUGCUUGUCAUGGGCUUUAUUGGUAAAGGUGAUAGGCCUGCUCCUCUGCUGAAGAAUGCUCAGUUAUCUGACUCCAAAGUCCGGGAGCUGUACCUGCAAAUCAUCCAGUACAUGAGAAGAAUGUACCAAGAUGCCAGACUUGUUCAUGCAGAUCUCAGUGAAUUUAACAUGCUGUACCACAGCGGGGGCCUGUACAUCAUCGAUGUGUCACAGGCGGUGGAGCACGACCACCCGCACGCGCUGGAGUUCCUGCGGAAGGAUUGCGCCAAUGUUAACGACUUUUUCCAGAAGCACAAUGUUGCAGUGAUGACUGUGAGGGAGCUGUUUGAGUUUAUUACUGAUCCUUCUAUCACAAGCGAGAACAUUGACGAUUAUCUGUCUAAGGCAAUGGAAAUAGCAUCAAAAAGAACAGAGGAGGAAAGAUCCAGUCAAGAUAAAGUGGAUGAAGAAGUAUUUAAGAAAGCUUACAUACCCCGAACUUUGACCGAAGUUAAAAACUACGAGAGAGAUGUGGAUAUAAUGAUGAAACUGAAAGAAGAGGAUAUGGCAUUGAAUGUUCAGCAAGAUAAUAUUCUCUACCAGACUGUGACAGGACUGAAGAAGGAUUUGUCUGGUGUUCAGAAGAUUCCUGCACUUCUUGAAGAGAAGUCAGAUGAGUCAGAAACAGACUCUGAUGAUGGUGGAAGCUCAGAGGACUCUGAUUCGGACUGCAAGGAAUCUGUGCAUCCCAAAGAUAAACCUGCUGAAGUUGGCAUGGACAAAAAGGAAAGGAAAAAGAUGGUAAAAGAAGCCCAAAGAGAAAAGAGGAAAACCAAAAUCCCAAAACAUGUGAAGAAGAGGAAAGAAAAGACUGCAAAAAUGAAGAAAGGCAAAUAA